GGCGGGGCGGCGCGGCGGCGGCGGAGGGAGGAGUGGAGAUGGCGGCGGCGGCGGCUCCGGGGGGCGGGGGCGGGGAGCCCCGGGGAGCCGAGGGGGUCGGCCCGGGGGGCGCGGGGGACGUGGAGGUGGUGAAGGGGCAGCCGUUCGACGUGGGCCCGCGCUACUCGCAGCUGCAGUACAUCGGCGAGGGCGCCUACGGCAUGGUCAGCUCAGCCUAUGACCACGUCCGCAAGACACGUGUGGCCAUCAAGAAAAUCAGCCCCUUCGAGCACCAGACCUACUGCCAGCGCACGCUGCGGGAGAUCCAGAUCCUGCUGCGCUUCCGCCACGAGAAUGUCAUCGGCAUCCGGGACAUCCUCCGGGCGCCCACGCUGGAUGCCAUGAGGGAUGUCUACAUCGUGCAGGACCUGAUGGAGACAGACCUGUACAAGUUGCUCAAAAGCCAGCAGCUGAGCAACGACCACGUCUGCUACUUCCUCUACCAGAUCCUGCGGGGCCUCAAGUACAUCCACUCGGCCAAUGUGCUGCACCGGGACUUAAAGCCCUCCAACCUGCUCAUCAACACCACCUGCGACCUUAAGAUCUGCGAUUUUGGCCUGGCCCGGAUCGCGGACCCUGAGCAUGACCACACCGGCUUCCUGACAGAAUACGUGGCCACGCGCUGGUACCGGGCCCCAGAGAUCAUGCUUAACUCCAAGGGCUACACCAAGUCCAUCGACAUCUGGUCUGUGGGCUGCAUUCUGGCUGAAAUGCUCUCCAACCGGCCCAUCUUCCCUGGCAAGCACUACCUGGACCAGCUCAACCACAUUCUGGGCAUCCUGGGCUCCCCAUCCCUCGAGGACCUGAACUGCAUCAUCAACAUGAAGGCCCGGAACUACCUGCAGUCUCUGCCUUCCAAGACCAAGGUGGGCUGGGCCAAGCUGUUCCCCAAGUCCGACUCCAAAGCCCUUGACCUGCUGGACCGGAUGUUGACCUUUAACCCCAACAAACGGAUCACCGUGGAAGAAGCGCUGGCGCACCCCUACUUGGAGCAGUACUACGACCCGACAGACGAGCCGGUGGCCGAGGAACCUUUCACCUUUGACAUGGAGCUGGAUGACCUGCCCAAGGAGCGGCUGAAGGAGCUCAUAUUCCAGGAGACAGCCCGCUUCCAGCCUGGCGUGCUGGAGGCCACCUAACCUGCACAGACGCCUCUGCUCCCCGGGGCUGGGCCCUGCCUCCUGUCUGCCCUCCCCUGCUGGACUGUUAGAAAACGGACCCUGAGCCCAGCCCGGACCCCCGCAGCCCAGGUCGGGGCACAGGGCGGGCCUGGCCAUCUUCCCUCGCUUCGCUCAGGCCUCCUGCUUCCCGCAGGCCAAGGCACCCCCCCUCCCUCUCCCCUCCUCCAGGACCUGUGGCUCAGGUGGCCCCAAAGCAAAUCCCCCUCGGCAGCUCUGCCUUCUCCCCCGGCUCCCCCAGUCUCCGGCGGCUCCAGAAUCGAAGGCCUCUGGAGCCCUGUGACCUCCGGAGGGACGGUGGGGUUAGGGCACACUGAGUCGGGACUCAGGGCCAGCCAUGCCCCACUCGCCUCACUCAAACCCCACCUCUUUCCCCUCAAGGAACAUUCCUAAGGCUCAAGGGCUAGUAUCCUUGAGGAGCAGGGCCCUGCCCAAGCCCCCUGCCCCCGAGCUGCCACCUCUAACUCCUGCUGCUUCUGUGUGUGGUGAGGAGAAGUGGAGGCGGGGCCGGAGCCCGAGCCUGCCCGCCUGUGCCUGUGUCUAAUAUAUAAAUACAGAGAUGUGUCUAUG